AUGGACAAGAUUGAUAGAUUGCUUAAAUGGGCCAACGACAAUGGUGCCGAUAUCUCAUCAAACAUAGAAUUUAGAGAAAUAAAGUCUAAUUAUUUUGGAGCUAUUGCAACGACCAGUGGGAAAGCAUCAAUUAGAAUUCCAAGGGAGUUGGUGAUUACGUGUGACAAGGCCCUGGCAUUAUUCAAAGAUGCAUAUAAAGAGGCAAGCCACGGCUCUUUGUUAAAAGUUUACCUUUGCUACCAACAAACGCAGCAUGAUUUUUACAAGCCCUAUUUGGAUUUACUCCCAUCCCUAAAAGCAAUUGAUUCUCCGUACACUUGGUCGGCUGAAGAAAAAGCGUAUCUCAAGGGAACAAACUUGGGUAACUCUUUGAGGGAAAACAUUGCUUUCUUGGUUGAAGAGUGGUGGAGUGCAGUUAAUUUAUUACCAGAGGAUAUACCCAAACCGGAACUGCAUUUCAUAAACUUGAAAUUUUAUUACGAAAACAAGUUUUACACUGAUGACGACUAUUACAGAUACUUUAACGACGUUGAUACCGACAACUGGACCAGCUUUCCAAACUACCUUUGGGCGUCACUCAUUCUUAAAAGUAGAGCCUUUCCUGCCUACAUUAUUGAUCCAAAUUUACCAAAGAAUGAGCCGAUGUUGUUACCCGUUGUUGAUUUGUUGAAUCAUAAUCCAAAGGCAAAGGUCGAGUGGAGCUGUCUAGACGGUGCAUUUAUUUUUGAAUCAGAUGAUGUUUCCAAAGGUGAAGAGCUUUUCAACAACUAUGGCCAAAAGGGAAAUGAGGAAUUGUUGUUGGCAUAUGGUUUCGCAAUUGAAAAUAACCCAGCCGACUCCUCCGCAUUAAAGAUCAAGAUUCCAGAUUCAAGGAUGGAUGUGGUUAAAGAUUUGGGUAUUGAGCUACCAUCGAUACAUGAUUAUACAAACUCAGUUGUUGAACAAGCUCCAGAAGCAAAAACUGAACAGGGCGAUGGUGUGCUUUUUUACAUCAACCAGGAGCAAAUUCCAGACAGUUUGAUUCAAUUGUUCCAAGCUCUCGUGCAAAACCAAUGGGAAUCUGGUUUCACGUUACGCAUGAAAUUUGCCGGGUUGAACCAUCUCAGGGCCGCUCUUGAAACGAAAAAGGGUUUGAUGAAUUUAAAUGUUCCCAAUGAUACCACAGGGCACAAGUAUAUUCGGUGGUACAUUGAAUCGCAAAAUGCCAUCUUUAUGUCUGCCAUCAAGAUCAUCAAGAGGCAGGAAAAGCAGCUCCUCAGUGAGUAUAAGUCCGACUUGACAUCAUUGAAAAGUGUUUACAAAAACGAUGUCAAGUUUCAACAAUCGUUACUUUUCCUAGGCUUUAGCUCGUAUGAAACAGUGUUGGAGUCUGAAUUUCAAGACCAGUGUUGGCUAUUAUGGUUGAUUCGCUGUUACAAUAAGGACAAUUAUGGAGAUGAGAACCUACCACAAUGGAUCCACGACCUAUUUGUUCAUCUUAGAAAGAUUACUGAUAUCUCAACUCAAGAGGUUCUAAACUUUAAGCCUAUCCAUGAUGCCCUAGUUCCUGACUUGGCCAAGGCGGUUCCUGAAAUUUACAAUGUGGGAGAUUGGUCAAUAGCUGAGUUCAUAAUUGCUGCCAAGUUGCUAGACACAAUUUCCUUCACGAGGGGUAAAGAGCAGGAGUGUAUCAUAGUACGCCAAAAUUACAAAACGUAA